AUGAAUAGAGUGUUCGGCAACCAAGCUCACGGCGGCUCUGCAUUGCGCCAACAUCUACCUCAACUCUCAACGCCAGAACAUGGGCGCCCGAUAAGAAGGAAGCGGAAGAGAAAAGCAUGCGAGACUUGUCGACGCAGGAAAAUAAAAUGCGAGAUUAUCAACCAGUCCAAAUGCUCGUUCUGCAGCAAAGCCAACAUACCUUGUUCUCUAGUUGAUCCAAGGCGGCAUAGGCAGUUGAAGAAGUACCGCAUCCCAGCCGAUAUUAUACUUCGUCAGUAA